AUGGCGUUUAAGGACGAGGGUCCGGGGUCGGGCAAGAUGGUGUUCAUUGGCAGUAAGACGGAGACGGCGUUAUUGAAGUUUACGAAGGAGAGGGGAUGGAGGUCGUAUCGCAAGGUUCGGGAUAAUGCGGAACGGGACGACGGUGUCGCUCAGGUUGUGCCGUUCUCAAGUGCACGGAAGGCCAUGGGUGUGGUCGUUCAGCUGAAGGCAGGCGAGAAGAAGAAGUGGAGGAUUCACUUGAAGGGCGCCAGCAAGAUUUUGACGGUGAGGUGCAGGAGGCACGUUGUCGUGGCUAAGAAGGGCGGGAAGAAGGUGACUGGGGAGAAGGACAUGGUGGACGGGGAGGUGCUCUGUUACAGCAACUUUGAGCAGUGGCCGCCGAAUGGUGCCGACAUCGAUGAACGGUAUGAGGUUGAAUACGAGCAUCUGGCAAAUGGUCUAACUCUCAUAGGUAUCACAGGAAUCAAGGAUUCUUUCCAAGACGGUAUCCGAGAAGCUGUGGCGAACCGUCAGAAGGCCGGAGUCCAGGUCAAGAUGUGUACCGGCGACAACGUCGAGUCGCGCACCAUGACCCUCAACCCUCUCACGAUCACCAUUUUCCUCCGCUUCCUCCGUAACAAUGCCACCAGCAUGCGCCCGAACGACGUCGACUACUGUCUCGAGAUCCGAAACGCCUGUCUCCAAAUCCACCCCCGUCUCAUGAACCUCGCUCCCGGCACCGACGCCGAACCGGGCUUCACUGUCAUCAACUACUCCCCCGAGAUCGAGGCCGAAGUGGACGGGAUCUUCAAGCAGAUGUACGACGAGCAGAUCACGAUCGACGAGGUGAUCGCGAUGCUCGAGCGGAACAAGUCGUCGACGAACCCGCGCGAGAACGAGAUUCUUAGCUGCAUGCUCCUCUUCCUCUUCGACGAAUACAAGUUCUUCCAGACGUGGUACCCCGCCCGGGAGCUCGCGAUGACGGGAUACCUGUUCGGGUCGAUCAUUCAGUUCCAGCUCGUCGACUAUAUUCCGCUCGGCAUCGCGAUCCGAUACGUGAUCGACGCGCUGAACUGUCCGCCGGAGACGAACCUGUUCAAGUUUGGGAUUCAGGCACUGUCGAGGUUCGAGUCGAGGUUGUCGGAGUGGCAGCCGCUAUGUCAGGCGUUGUUGAAUAUCCCACAUCUGUUGGAGGCGCGACCGGACCUCGGGGCGACGAUUCAGCGCGCGUUGGCCGCUGCGGUUCAUGGGUCGAGUACGCCCGGGGGACUGAGUCUUGGACCUGCUGAACCACCCGUUGUGUUCAAUGUGAUUCGUCCGGACCAGUUCGAGGAGGAGGUGGAGGAGCCGCCGGAAGAGGUGUCGGACAAGAUUUUAUUCAUCGUCAAUAACCUCGCGCCGAUGAAUUUCGAGGCGAAGUUGGAGGAUAUGAAGGGGAGUUUCAAGGAUGAGUACGCAAGGUGGUUCGCGAAUUACCUCGUCGACCAGCGCGUGAGCACGGAGCCGAACAACCACACCCUUUAUCUGAGGUUUUUGGACGCGCUCGACCGGAAAGUCCUCUCGAAGUUCGUGUUGCAAGAAACGAUCGUCAAGUCCGCCUCCAUGCUCAACUCUGAAAAGACGAUGCAAUCGUCCUCGGAGCGUUCAAUCAUCAAGAACGUUGGCUCCUGGCUCGGUACGCUCACCCUCGCGCGCGACAAACCGAUCAAGCACAAGAACCUGUCCUUCAAAGACCUGCUCAUCGAAGGCUACGAAUCCGGGCGUCUGCUCGCCGCCGACCCGUGGCUGAUGGCGGUCAUGGCGCUCCUCGCCGAGCUCUACCAUGUCGCGGAACUGAAGCUGAACCAGAAGUUCGAGAUCGAGGUGCUUUGCACGAGUUUGUCUGUUGCGCUGGACAGUAUCGAGCCGACGUCGAUAUUGAGGCAUCGGCCGAUCGGCGGGAUGGAGACGAUGGCGGGCCCGGGGUUGCCGGAUUAUGUGGGCGAUAUCGAGGCGUUGCCAAUUGGGGGAGUGGGGGGAGGAGGAGGGUACGAUCCGAACGCGCAGAUGCAUGUGGGAGACGCGCAGUUGUUGUCCCUCAGUGGUGCUGGCUCUGGCGUCGGCGGUGGAGCUGGGGUUGGGGUUGGUGGCGUAGGUGGUGGCGUAGGAGGGGGUGGGAAUGUGACGAACGAGACGGCGGCGGCGAGGGCGGUGGGAGCGCAGAUUGAGGUGUUGUUGGGCGAGUUGGUGGGCCGGGUGACGAUUAGUGGGCAGCUGGCGCCGUUGCCGAGUAAUCCGGCGUUUAAAAGGGCGGUGCAGUUGGCGGUGGAUCGGUCUGUGAGGGAGAUCAUACUUCCCGUCGUGGAGCGCUCGGUCACUAUCGCGGGGAUAUCGACUCGGGAGCUUGUCGCGAAGGAUUUCGCGACGGAGCCAAACGAGGAGACACUCCGUGGCGCGGCACACAGUAUGGCGCAGAAGCUGGCGGGGAGUCUCGCGCUGGUGACGUGCAAGGAGCCGUUGAGGAGUAACCUUUCGAACCAUCUGCGGCAGUUCUUGAAUGAUCAUGGAUUUAGCAACCAAAUGGUCCCGGACGCAGUUAUCAUGCUCCUCGUGCAGGAUAAUAUCGACUUGGCGAGCGGGACGAUCGAGAAGGCGGAUAUGGACCGUGCGGUCGCGGAGGUGGACGAAGGCUUUGCGGGGGCUUAUGAUGCGCGGAGGCGACAUCGACAGACGGCGAGGGGUCAACCGUUCUGGGACUCGAAUGCACUGCCGUCGGCUUUCUCUGCUAGUCUGCCGGACCCGCUUAGGAUCAAGGUGAAUGGUGUGCAGCCGAAUCAGAUUGGGGUGUAUGAGGACUUCGCAGAGCUUGAGCCUUAG